CGCGAAACGUCGUCGUACGUCGUUUUUGUCGUAUCGUUUGGCAUUAUCUUUCGGAAUUCUUUUUAGAAUCUUUGCCCAAGUUGAAACGACGUGUAAAAGUGUGCUUUAAUAAGAUUACAAAAGGAAUCAAGCUCCUGCCCAAGAUGUCGCCAACGAAGCAACAAGAGGCAGAAUCCAGUAGCGAUCAUGAUCCCCAGGUGGUGGUCACACCUGCUGAGGCCACACACAGUAAACGACAAAAUCGCGGUCUAUGGCGUGAUCUAACCGCCUAUUGGAUUCUCGGUCUUUGUAAUAACUAUGGCUAUGUGGUAAUGCUUAGUGCUGCCCAUGAUAUAAUCAAGCAAUUCAAUCCGACAGACGAAACGGAGGAAGCCACAGGACGAGGCUGCCAUUUGGUCUCAACGGGUGCCAUUCUGUUGGCUGAUGUUUUGCCCUCAUUGUUUGUAAAAAUGCUGAUGCCUUUUUUCCCGUUUUGGGUCAACUUUCGUAUAUCCAUUGCUGUGGCAUUUUCAGCAGCUGGAUUUCUACUUGUGGGCUUUGCCAAUGCCGAAUGGAUGGCUCUGUUGGGUGUGAUAAUUACCUCAGCCAGCAGUGGCAUCGGAGAAACUACCUUCUUGGCCUAUUCCUCAAGAUAUAACAAGAAUGUAAUCUCUACUUGGUCAUCGGGAACUGGCGGCGCCGGCGUCAUUGGUUCACUAAGUUAUGCCACUCUGCGAGAUCUUGAUGUUAGUCCUCGGGAUACAAUGUUGAUUAUGUUAAUCUUUCCUGCAAUUGAAGCCUUUGCAUUCUGGCUUUUGCUGCGACGUCCUCAAGUCGAUAUUCUGCCAGUUACCACAGUGGAAUCCACAGAGGUGCUUAUAAGGGAUGACAAGCCAUUGGUGGGCUUCAAGGAGAAAUUCUUCUACAUCAAACAUUUGUUGAAAUACAUGCUUCCAUUGUGUUUGGUUUACUUCUUUGAGUAUUUCAUUAAUCAGGGCUUGUUCGAGUUGGUUUACUUCGAGGACAUAUUCCUUAGCAAGGAGUCACAAUAUCGCUGGCUCAAUGUUGACUAUCAAAUUGGUGUUUUCAUCUCCCGUUCUUCGGUUAACAUCUUCCAGCUGAAUAGGAUCUGGCUAAUGUCCGUCUUUCAGUUCAUCAAUGUUGUAUAUUUCCUCACUGAGGUCAUAUGGUGGUACACGCCCAGCAUUUGGAUUGUCUUUGCCAUCGUAUUGUGGGAGGGUCUAUUGGGCGGUGGUGCCUACGUGAACACCUUCUAUCGCAUGUCCAAGGAAAUAACGCCAGAUCGACAGCAGUUUGCCAUGGCAAUGGUGGUCCAAUCGGAUUCCUAUGGCAUAGCUCUGGCCGGCUUUUUGGCCAUACCCGUACAUAAUGCCAUUUGCGGCCUGCCCGCAGCAGUAAGGAAUGUCGCCUGGUAGUGAUCGCGGAUCAACUAGAAAUUAGUAAUGAUGCCUUUAAAGUAUGAACUAGAUAAGCUAUCUCUGCGUGUGUGAAUUUUUUUUUUUGUAAGCCCUUGGAGUGGAUAAUUAUCUGCAAUGUUUGUAUCUAUGUCUGUUUCUGUAUAUAUAGUAAUUUUAAAAACCAAUGUUAAAUUAAUAUUAAGCUUAUAAACAAGCCGAAUUUCAAUAUUAGAAUUCGCAAAUUACAAAAAGA